AUGGCCGAAGUCAAAGCAAAUCAAAAUAAAUUGUUGUCAACGAUUAAAUCGCAGUCGGAUGAACUUUCGGCGCUCUCGCGGAAAGUCGACGACCUUGUACUUCGUAUAAACUUCUUAUCAGCCGACAACGAGUCAUUAAAAUUAAGAACUAAAAUUAUUGAAGAAAAAAUGACAUCGUUUAAACAAUCUGCAGCCGGCAGCAUCUGCUGCAAGACCUACACCACUCAAGAUCACACUACCAAAUUGCAAUUAAGUCUUCAAAGUGUUCUCGCACCAAAAAUAAUUAAAAUCCAAUCAAACAUGGUCUAA